ACAAACGUGCAGCCAAUUCUGAGAUCCCGCAGAAAAAAAACCUCGCGUUUUACAAUGGCUUCGUCUUCUUCUUCUUCUUCUUCUUCUGCGUCUGAUUCCUUCAAUGAAGAGAUUUUGGUGAGGAGACAACAGAAAAAAGGAUCCCCUGUGAAGUUCUUGAUACCUCUAAUAUAUGCUCCUGUUCUUCCUCUCAUUCGAAUCGUGUUUCGAAGAAAUCCAGUUUUAAGAGAUCGAUUGUUCACAGGAGUAUUAGCAGGAGCUUUCGCCCAUGGGGCUUACUUGGUAUCUGACCUGUAUGAUUCUGAGAGCAAGUCGUAAUCCAAGAGCUGUCUGAAGAACCAAGUUUUACACAACAUUUUGCAGUUUGCCAUUGCUAUUCAACUUUGACUAACUAAUGCUUAUAUAGAACGAGCUAACGUUUUCUGGCUGCGGCUUGGGUUAGUUAAUUUGUCUCUUCCUUCCUUUCUUGGUUUCCUCUUUUGUGGUUCUUGUGGAAAAUACAGGUUAUUGCCGAAAUAAAAAAUAUCGCACAGACAUUUAUAAUGUCAUAAAUGCUUGCUGUUAACAUUUUGGAUACUAUGGUAAAGUAUAAAACUAAAAAUAGUAUUCAUUUUGAAUUUUUGAACUCUUUAA